AUGGGGAUACUGCCGGGCUGGGGCUGGCUCCUUCUCCCAGUUUGCCAGGCUCUGGUUGUCCCCCGCGAGGUCAGCGGCCAGGUGGGGGGGACACUCUCCCUCCACUGCUGGUACCCCCGGGGCUACGAGGGCUACAACAAGUACUGGUGCCGGGGAGCCAGCCAGGACUCCUGCCACAAGGUGGUGGAGACAGCGGGCAGGGAAGUGCCCCGGCAGCGCAGCCGGGUCUCCAUCCAGGACAGCUACACCUUCUGCGUGGUCCAGCUCACCAUGGAGAACCUCUCUGAGGCGGAUGCUGGGAGUUACUGGUGCAGGGUCGAGAGGAUCGGCAGGGACCUGAUGGAGCCUGUGACAGUGAGGGUGGUUCCAGCAAAGCCCCAGCCUUGUGAGGGAGAGAACCAGCCCCGCUCCUCUCCCCUCACCUCCAGACUCAGGGGACCAGCCCUGAGGGUCCUGGUGCCCAUCGUGGUCCUGCUCUCCCUCCUGGCUGCCGCCAGCUCCGCCGGGCUCCUCUGUGCCCUGCUCAGGAGGAGGGAAGGGCUGUGGGGAGCUCCCCCCUCCCAGCGAAACAGAAAACCUCCCCCCGUGUCUCUUCUUUCUGGCACACUGCCCCCUCACACCAAAUUCCCUGCUGCCCCCUGCAAGCCGGGCACUGCCGCGCAGCUGGACCAUGGCACCACGUACAACAAUGACCUGGACCUGGCAGAGGUGAGGGCCCCUGAUGGGCAGUGUGGGCAGUGCAGGCAGCAUGGGCAAGGGGCCAUGCAGUGA